AUGCCUCGAAGUCGCAGGGCAGCUGCCCAAGCGGCAGCAAAGUCAAUAAAAAAUGUACCUACGCUCCCCGAUGAUGGCUCUGAUGAGGAUAUGAUGGAUGCGCCUCCAUCAGAACCUUCCUCUCCUGCAGUGGAAGAUCACGACUCGCCCGACGAUGAUCCGGAUGUCGAACCAGAGGCCGAUCCUGAAGCUGAAGUCGAAGCCGAGAAUGCGCCCGAAGAAGAGCAAGCGGAGAAUACCGGUGAAGCCAAGGCUGAAGAAGAAGAAGAAGCAAGCGCCGCGAUACCUGCAGCAGACGAACCCACGAUACUCGAAGGAGACACACCCAGCGCCAAUGCCGGCCGUCCAUCCCUUCUCCCGCGCAAACGUCGCAUUGGUCGUCCCCCAAAGAUUCGCCCUCCGGACUGGGAUGCGCCGGACGGCUCGCAGACUCCGAUUCGAGUAACCACUCCGGUCAAGCGACGACGAGGUCGACCUGCUGCGAGUGGCGGACGAUGGGCGCGUAACCGUGGCCCAUCCCACCUUACCCAGGUGCCUGUUGACAAGGAAGGAAACAUGAUGGAUGUGAUCGGUGAUGAAGUCCAGCUUCCCCCAAACCCUCAAGGAGACACCAAGGUCGAUGAACAUGGACGUCUGAAGGGGGGCCGCGAGUACCGUGUCCGCACUUUUACGAUUAUGAACCGCGAUGACCGCUUGUACAUGUUGUCAACGGAACCGGCGCGUUGCAUUGGUUUCCGUGACUCGUAUCUCUUCUUCCAAAAACACAAGAUGCUCUACAAGAUUAUUAUUGAUGACGAUGCGAAGCGUGAUCUAAUCGAGCGAGACCUUAUCCCUCACUCCUACAAGGGCCGAGCCAUCGGUGUGGUUACUGCCCGCUCUGUGUUCCGCGAGUUCGGAGCCAAGAUCAUUGUGGGAGGAAGAAAGAUUAUUGAUGAUUACGAUGAAGCGGCUGCUCGUGAGCGCGGGGACGUGGAGGGUGAACUUGCUGUUCCAGAGGAUAAACUACCUGGCCCUGGUGAAGAAUACAACCGGAACCAGUAUGUCGCGUGGCACGGCGCGAGCAGUGUUUAUCACACAAAUGCGCCAUCGGUGCCCAUGGCCGGUGGCAAGCCAGUGGACCCUAAGAAACGACGCGUACCAGUUACCGACGAUAACUGGAUGCUCGAACACGCCCGUGCAGCAAGCACCUUCAACUCCAAGCUCGCUGAAUUGCGCCGUUCCACCAUGGGAGGCACAUACGACGUACACACCAACGCAAUGCAAUACCCCGAGAUCAUGCAACCAACCCACUGCCGCUGGGAGCCCGUCCCACCCGCCGACCUGAUGAUCGACAUGUCCUCGUUGAGCCUCUCAAACAAAGAGUCCAGCACGAAUGCCAGCGCCGACCAAACCACCACCGACCCAGCAACACCAAGCGAGCGACCCGAAGAGGAGCACCAAAGUAUCUUCCGCUCUGUGCCCGCCCACAUCUCCAACCGCUACGUGGUCCAAGAUAUUAUCUACGACCCGCCCCCGUACUCCAACAUGGGCCUCCCAGGUCCAGACGGCGACCUGCGCAAUUUGCACCCGAACGGCCUGGCCAGCAUCGCUAACCCCACUCACCCAGAGUUUAUGUCUCCCGAGAUCAUCGCUCUGCUCCCAGAAGACGCCAAGGAGGCUCUUAUCGAGUCGGCUGCGCGCGAGGUGGAGUGGAAAUCAAAGUGGUCAACUGAAACCACCGAUGGUGCUCGCUCACGCCCGCUCAAGAGUUAUGCGUGGGCUCCAUGA